AUGCCUCCAUUCAAUGAAGAUCAACACAUCUAUCGUCGUGCUAUCUUACAAGAUAGAUGCAACAACAUGAAGCAACAGCAACAGCAACAGCAACAUCAAUCUGAGUUGAGUAGAACCCAACACAAGUUGCAACUGCAAAGGCUAUCGUUCUUGACAAACGAUAGAAACUAUCUGGAUCACCCUCAGAAUAUGAAGAGGUUGACAAAGGAGCUCGAUAGAGUGAACCGAGAAUACCGCAAUGUUCGUCGUUACGAAGACCCGGUAAAAGAAUCAUUCAAGCGGCUGGUCGCUUCAAAAUCAAGUCAAUCUGCAAAUAUACCAUCGUUGAGAUCGGAUCAACAGCAACAAAAGCAGCGUCUUGUAAGAAGUAAUAGCAGCGGAAGCAGUAGUAGCAGUGAUAAAAGCUCGAGCGGUAGUAGCAGUUUAUCAAGUAGUACAGCAGAUGUAGCACCUACAUCCUAUUCCACAUCUGCUGAGAAAAGCAGUUUCUUGACGAGAUGGUUUAUCAGCAAUGAAGAGACACUACCUAUUGUAUCAAAGCAUCACUCCUCAACAUCAGCAGAGCCAUGUAACUCGGUUGUAUACUCAUUCCAUCCCACUAUAGCGAGCCAAAUGAAACGUAAAAAUAAAAAAUAA